UCGACUUUCCGGCUUCGGUCCUGUCGGCCUGAGAGCGGAGGGAUGGAGGCGGCCGGGGACCCCGGGGGCGCCCCCGAGGCCGGCGAUCUGCGGACGCUGAAGCCGUGUCUGCUGCUUCGCAACCACAGCCGCGAGCAGCAUGGCGUGGCGGCCUCCUGCCUCGAGGAGCUGAAGAACAAGGCCUGCGACAUUCUGGCUAUUGACAAGUCACUGGCACCCAUCAGCCUAGUCCUGGCAGAGGAUGGCACCAUCGUGGAUGACGACGAUUACUUCCUGUGCCUGCCUUCCAACACUAAGUUUGUGGCGCUGGUCGGUGACGAGAAGUGGACAUACAGCAAUUCAGAUGGAGGCACAGCCUGGAUCUCCCAGGAGUCCUUUGACACUGAUGAAACUGACAGCGCAACAGGGGCAAGGUGGAAGAACUUGGCCCAGCAGCUUCGGGCCGACCUUUCUAGCAUCAUCCUCCUGUCUGAGGAUGAUCUCCAGGUGCUCAUUGACAUCCCAUGCUCGGAGCUGGCGCAGGAGCUGAACCAAAGCGAGGCCACUGCCCGGGACCUCCAGCAGGCACUGCAGCAGGCGCUGGACCAGCGUGAGGAGGCUCGGCAGUCCAAACAGCUCCUGGAGCUCUACCUGCAGGCCCUGCAGAAGGAGGGCUGCGUGCUGGCCCGGCAGGCAGAUCCUGGAGCCAGCUUCAGUGAAGAGGACACCGUGGACAUGGGGACGCCCCAAGAGAGCGGCACUGUGUCUGGCCUCCCCAGCCGGCUUCUCUGCACCCUGAAGGAGAAGACAUCUCCAGAGCUGAGUUUAUCCAGUCAGGAUCUGGAGCUGGUCGCCAAGGAGGACCCGGGCACCCUAGCCACUGCCCUGCGCUGGGCGGCCGAACAGACAGAAGCCGUCCAGCAGGCCUGUGCACGCGAGCUGGCCCUGCGCCUGCAGCAACUGCAGACUCUUCACUCCCUCCGGAGUGUCUUCACCCAGAGCACUUCAUCACCUCAAGGCCCGCAGGAGCCCAAACGUGCCCGGCCUGACCCCUCCUAGCUCGGAAAACCCUGUCAUCCUGUCAUCCUGCUUUAUGUUAUCAAUAAAUAAUUUCCGCCUUA